GAUCCCAAAAUGAAAACACGGUGCAUCCGAAGUCAAUAAAGAGAUGCCAGAGGCAAGUGAGUCAUGAGCACGAGUUUUAAGAGGUGGAAUUCGGGAGAUCAAGCCACGCUGCUUAAACCGUCACAUGAUCUUCCUCUGGCCCUGUGCUUCAUAAAACAGAGCGGAUCGCAGCAGGCCGGCACUGUGACUCCUGGUGGAUGGGGCUGGGGAGUCAGGGUCAACAUGGAAAGUCUCUGCGGGGUCCUGGGAUUUCUGCUGCUGACUGCAGGACUGCCUCUCCAGGCGGCCAAGCGAUUUCGUGAUGUGCUGGGCCAUGAACAGUAUCCCGGUCACAUGAGGGAGCGCAACCAAUUACGUGGCUGGUCUUCCGAUGAAAAUGAAUGGGAUGAAAACCUGUAUCCAGUGUGGAGGAGGGGAGAAGGCAAGUGGAAGGACUCCUGGGAAGGAGGCCGUGUGCAGGCGGUCCUGACCAGUGACUCACCGGCCCUUGUGGGUUCCAAUAUCACCUUUGCGGUGAACCUGGUGUUCCCCAGGGGCCAGAGGGAAGAUGCCAACAGCGGUGUCGUCUAUGAGAGGAACUGCAGAAGUGAUUUGGGGCUGACUUCUGACCUGAAUGUCUACAACUGGACUGCAGGGGCAGAUGAAGGUGACUGGGAAGACGGCACCAGUCAAAGCCAGCACCUCAGGUUCCCCGACAGGAAGCCCUUUCCUCGCCCCCACGGAUGGAAGAAAUGGAGCUUCGUCUACAUCUUUCACACACUUGGUCAGUAUUUCCAAAAACUGGGUCGGUGUUCAGCACGAGUUUCUAUAAACACAGUCAACCUGACAGCUGGCCCUCAGGUCAUGGAAGUGGCUGUCUUUCGAAGAUAUGGCCGGGCAUACAUUCCCAUCUCGAAGGUGAAAGACGUGUAUGUGAUAACAGAUCAGAUCCCUAUAUUCGUGACCAUGUCCCAGAAGAAUGACCGGAACUCGUCUGAUGAAACCUUCCUCAGAAACCUCCCCAUUGUCUUCGAUGUCCUCGUUCAUGAUCCUAGCCACUUCCUCAACGACUCUGCCAUUUUCUACAAGUGGAACUUUGGGGACAACACUGGCCUGAUUGUCUCCAACAAUCACACUUUGAAUCACACGUAUGUACUCAAUGGAACCUUCAACCUUAACCUCACUGUGCAAACUGCAGUGCCCGGGCCAUGCCCUACUCCUUCGCCAUCGCCGUCACCGUCACCAUCGCCGUCGCCAUCACCGUCGCCAUCACCUUCGCCCACGCCGGCGCCCACCCCGCUGCCCUCACCAUCGUCCUCGCCUUCACCCACACCUUCGCCCAUGCCUUCGCCCACACCCUCGCCCUCGCCCUCGCCUUCGCCCUCACCUUCGCCUUCGCCCACAUUUUCAACACCUAGCCCCUCUUUAAUGUCUACUGGUUACGAAUCCAUGGAGCUGAGUGGCAUUUCCAAUGAAAACUGCCGAAUAAACAGAUAUGGCUACUUCAGAGCCACCAUCACAAUUGUAGAGGGGAUCCUCGAGGUCAACAUCGUCCAGAUAGCAGAUGUCCCAAUGGCCUCACCACAGCCUGACAACUCAGUGAUGGACUUUACUGUGACCUGCAAAGGCGCCACUCCCAAGGAAGCCUGCACGAUCAUCUCUGACCCCACCUGCCAGAUCACCCAGAGCCAGGUCUGCAGCCCGGUGGCUGUGGGCGAGCCGUGCCUGCUGUCUGUGAGAAGAGCCUUCAAUGGGUCCGGCAUGUACUGUGUGAAUUUCACUCUGGGAGACGAUGCGAGCCAGGCCCUCACCAGCGCCCUGAUCUCUGUCCCUGGCAAAGACCCCGGCUCCCCUCUGAGAACAGUGAAUGGGGUCCUGAUCUCCAUCAGCUGCCUGGCCACAGUUGUCACCAUGGUUACCAUCUUACUGUACAAGAAACACAAGGCGUACAAGCCGAUAGGAAACUGCCCCAGGAACAUGGUCAAGGGCAAAGCCACAAGUGUUUUCCUCAGCCACGCAAAAGCCCCGUUCUUCCGAAGAGACCCGGAGAAGGAUCCACUGCUCCAGGGCAAGCCAGAGACGCUCUAAGCCUUACUUCUGACCAGGAGCCCACUCUUCUGUGCAUUUAUGUGAGCUGUGCAGAAGUACGGGACUGGGAACUAUUGUUUUCUAAGGAUUAUUGAAAAAUGUAUAUCAUGCUUUAGGGAUCAUAGUUAAAUGGCAUUUUAGAGAAGGCAUGAGAAGUCUUAGUGUGUCUUCCUAUCUGUAUUGUGGUUUUUAUACUGUUAGUAGGGUGGGCACACUGUGUCUGAAGCGGGAGGGGGAGGUCACUGCUACUUAAGGUCCUAGGGUAACUGGGGGAGGGUACCACAGGCUCCUUUCUACGUAACAUGUAUAUGAACCCAGCCAGUCCUAACCUGAAGGCUAUUCUUCUCCAACUGUAUCACAACUCAUUGAACAUGCCUGAGCUCCUGACAGAAUUAUAAUGGGCCCAAGCUUUUUAUAUGGUGUGUGUGUGUGUGUGUGUGUGUGUGUGUGUGUGUGUGUGUGUGUGUAUUAUACUCAUUAAAAAGACAAUCUAAUAAGCUAGUGUGAUUAUUAUAUUGUGGUGAAAACUUUCCCUAUGUAGUUGAAUGAAGUAUUCAUCCGUCCACUUAUCCAUGGACACGUAUAAAGCAUGUUUGACCUAUGAGACCUUAAUAGCCACCACGUGAGAUCUGAGCGUCCAGACUGUGUCUACCUUGACGAAGGUGGAGAAGGAGCUUAAAAAGGAGAGAAUUGGGGGUCAAGGGAGUGUGGCAUGGCGGUGUGGGGGAAGGGGGUGCCCAGGCAGGCCCUUGUCUGGGUACCUCUGCCCUGAGGGACCAUACACACACAGGCAUGGUAUAGAAUAGAGUUUAUUCAGAGUAGGGGAUGGGAGUUAGUGGUAGAGAAAGGCAGAGAGAGAGACAGAGAGAGAGAGUAGAGAAGUAGAGUGGAAGCCAGCCAUGACCACGUGGGGGUGGGGGGGAGGAGAGCCCAAGGGACAGAGAGGUGAGAAUAUGUGGGAGAGUGGAGAGAGCAAAAAGGGAGAGGAGGGGCAAGCAGCCCCUUUUAUAGUGGGCCGGGUCUAUGAAGUGGGGCAUAACUGGCUAUUGCCAGGUAGGUGUGGGGUGGAGCUUAGACAGAAUACCAACGAGUGGGACAACUAGAUAAAUCUGAUUACACCUCCCGAAGACCAGAUGGUUUUAUAGAAUGACUAUUCAUUCUGAGGCAUCGUGGGGGACCAACACUCAGUCUGGUACGUUGACCCCUAGGUGGCCUAGAAGCAAGAAGAAGCGCUUUGUUUGGAAAUUGCCUCCAAAGAAUGAAAACAAUUGCUGGCUACUUAGGGCAGGGACUCUCAGCCUGGAGUGUAUGGCAAUGUUUGGAGAGAUUUGUGGUUGUCAAAACUAAGGUGUGGUGCUACUGGCCUCUAGUGGGGAGAGCUCAGGGCUGCUGGACACCCUGUACCUGCAGGGCAGCCCCACAGCCAAGGAACCCAGAGCAACUGAAGGGAUCCUGAGCCUGGGUGUCUGAACAGAAGCCUUGUGUCUGAGCUCAGCCCUGACAUUUAAAGCCUUGUUACUUAGUGACGACAUGUUAGGAGUCUUUUCUGCCUCUGUCUCAGCUGUCGAAGGGGUAUGUGGUCCCUCUCUGACUCACUUCACAGGACUGCUCCAGCUCCAGCUGCAAGAAGGAAUGCAGAUGUGGCCUAGUGUUGUAUUCUGAGCCUGGGGACAGAAGCUCUGUGAAGAAGCUUGCUUGCUUGCUUCCUUGCUUGCUUGCUUGCUUGCUUGAUUAAUUGAUUGAUUGAUUGAGUUAUACUAAGAAACCAGUUCACCGGUACCCGAAACAGGACGUCGAUUUCAGGUUGCUGCAGUAUCCACAGACUGCUUAGCCACACCCCCAUGAUUCCCAGCGAAGUCUUGUUGGAGGUGGGACCCCAUAAUUUGGAUUUCAAGAAAAUCAACAAGCCGGGCAGUGGUGGCGCAUGCCUUUAAUCCCAGCACUUGGGAGGCAGAGGCAGGCAGAUUUCUGAGUUCAAGGCCAGCCUGGUCCACAGAGUGAGUUCCAGGACAGCCAGGGCUACACAGAGAAACCCUGUCUCAAAAAACCAAAAAAAGAAAAAAAGAAAGAAAGAAAAAAGAACGAAAAAGGAAAAAAGAAAACCAACAGAGAACCCUUCUGCUCCUGCUGGCUCCAGGACAUGAAUGAACGGGGUUGGGGCUUGGGAUCCACUUCCUCGCUCACAUCAGCAGGGGGCAGCAGAGAACAGCAGAUGGACACCGGUCUCCAGGUGGCAGGUCCAUGACUUGUUUAUCUA